AUGGCCGAAUCCAUCUGCCAAUCAAACACUCAGGCCUCGUCCCCGCCCGGGUGUGAGCUGAUUUCAGAGCAGGAGGUUGUAAUUUCAGGGCUUUCUGCAGCAGCGUGGCCCAGAGCCAGCGUGGCCCAGAGCCAGCGGCGUCGGGCCGGCACAGAGCCAGCAGCACCGGGCCGGCACAGAGCCAGCAGCACCGGGCUGGACUCAGUUAUUAUAGCCCUGGUUGGCCCUGAUUGGUGUUUGGUGUCCCUCAGGUUCUCCAGUGGCGAGUACACAGUGGAGGUGGCCAUCAACGACUACCUGGACAUCUACUGCCCGUACUACGAGGGGGCGGGGCCAGCAGAGCGGCAGGGGGCGGGGCCAGCGGAGCGGCUAGAGAACUACAUCCUGUACAUGGUGAACUACGACGGCUACACCAGCUGUGACCACCGGCGCACCGGAUUCAAACGCUGGGAGUGCAACCGGCCGCAGAGCGCCAACGGGCCACUCAAGUUCUCUGAGAAGUUCCAGCUGUUCACACCCUUCAGCCUGGGCUUCGAGUUCAGGCCGGGACACGAGUACUACUACAUCUCGUCUCCACAUCCCAACCUGGCGGGGAAACCCUGUCUGAAGCUCAAAAUCUACGUCAAACCAACCAAUGACUCGGUGUACGAGUCUCCAGAGCCUUUCCUGACGGACGACACCACCGGCGGCUGCAGCCUCGCUGGGCCCUGCCCCCCACUGCUGGCCGCCAUGUUGCUCGCCAUCCUCCUCAUCAUCGCCUCCUCUUAGCCCCGCCUGCCACUUCCGGCCGCCAUGUUGCUCGCCAUCCUCCGAAAACCCUGAGACAGGAAACAAACCCAGCGCCCCACUGGUUGCUCAGCCAAUCAGAGGAGGAACCUGGAGUCGCUGCUGAAAGAUGUUUCUGUUCCAACGAAAAUCCAUCCUCCAUUGAAUCUAUCGUUUCCAGAACCAAUCAGAAUCUGCAGAUGUUUCUUUUGCUGUUUUUACAGUUUUCAGCGGUGAACCAGAAUUAAAAUCAGCAGAAUUUAACGGACUGUUAAACUGCUCCGGGUGGAGAUGUGAUAACAUUCGUAGUUUGUUUAAAUUCUGCAGAAAAUUCCUUAAAGUUCUGCGCCUCCCCGCUGCCGGCCGCCAUCCUCCCCGCCUCCUCACAGCACCGCCUCUUUCCUCUUCCUUCGAUUGGACGGAUCUCCGUCUUCCCGUCACUCUGCCGAGAAAACCUGAGAUAGGAAACAACCCAGUGCCCCGCAGAACGCUCAGCCAAUCAGAGGAGGAGCCUGGAGUCCAGCCUCCGUUGAAUCUAUCGUUUCCAGACCCAAUCAGAAUCUGCGGAUGUUUCUUUGUUUGUUUUUUUUACAGUUUUCAGUGGUGAACCAGAAUGAAAAUCAGCAGAAUUUAGCGGACUGUUUUUCUGCUCCGGAUGGAAAUGAUUUCUUUUAAAAUCAGCGGAAAACUUCACUGGAAAAUUCUGCAAAGUUCUGCAGACCCCCCCCCCCUCUGAUACACACAUCUUUGUUGGGAUAUAAUGCAGUUUUUACAUCCAAAUUCUGCCUCUUUAGUUCCAGAUAUUGUUAGAUUAUUUUUUAUUUAGCUGCCAAAUUGAAAAACCAGCAUUUAGGUUCAGAUGCCAAAACUUUACUUUUGUCCUGUUCACAUAAUUUAUCAGCUAAAACUUGCAAAACAUGUCUGACUAAAUAUGUACAAAAACCAAGAUUUAAAUCAGGAAAUACCUGAUGAAUAAGACUCAUCGAUCAGGGAGAUGAUCAGGUAAAAACAUCAGUGAUUGUAACAUUUCGGCUGACAGAUUUAAAACAUAUUUUCAGGUACUGAGUGAAGUGAAAGGACGGAUGUUAGAAACUCAGAUUUGUAGCUGAAACAUGGAGCAGCUUCAGUCCGUUUCUCUGUGGAGAAACUGUCAGUUUGAACCCACAAACUUUCCGCUGACAAUUACAGUCACAGAAACGCAGCCGGGACAAAGAUAACGUGUAAACUUCAAGCCUUCAGAAAUAAUGAACGCACAUCUGGGCUGAUGUGUAGCUUUGCAAACAAAGGGGACGACCUAACAUAGCUUCACAGACUUACUCUACAAGCUAACGUAGCUUCACAAACUUACUGUACGAGCUAACGUAGCUUUACAGACUUACUCUACAAGCUAACGUAGCUUCACAGACUUACUCUACAAGCUAACGUAGCUUCACAGACUUACUGUAUGAGCUAACGUAGCUUCACAGACUUACUCUACAAGCUAACGUAGCUUCACAGACUUACUCUACAAGCUAACGUAGCUUCACAGACUUACUGUAUGAGCUAACGUAGCUUCACAGACUUACUCUACAAGCUAACGUAGCUUCACAAACUUACUGUACGAGCUAACGUAGCUUUACAGACUUACUCUACAAGCUAACGUAGCUUCACAGACUUACUGUAUGAGCUAACGUAGCUUCACAGACUUAC